ACGAGCGAACUCUGCUGAGUUCUCUAACAUUUUUGAUAAUUAGCACCUACUAGCCACUGCUGAAUUUUCCAAGAUGCAAUGCAUGUUGUCAUUGUUACUGGCAAUAUGUGCGCUUGCUACUGUUCUGGCACAAGACAAGAGACACCUAGGAGCUGACUCUGACUCUGAAGAGUCUAGAGAGCAGAACACACCUGACACAACUACUGCCAAACCAGAGAGCAAAAUAAUCUCUAUAAAUAACUCGACGGACCUAGAGACUCAGAUCGCUGGGGCUGGCGACAAAUUGGUGAUCAUCUAUUUCAUGGUUACUUGGUGCCCGCACUGCAAAAAAAUUAAUUCCACUGUCGAAGACAUAGCAGCUAAGACACACAACCUGAUCGUUCUGAUGGUUGACAGAGAUAACCUUGUUAACGAUGAUGAUGUUUGGAUGUACGGGCUGAGUAACCUGCCUACUGUGCCAAGGUUCAUAUUUGUAAUGAAUGGGACGAAAAUCGAUGAAGUACAUGGCGGUGGCUCUGAUGUGUGGCUACCUAUCUAUAUAUCGAUCUAUCUAUAAUUGCCAUUAAAAUAUAA